AUGUCGAUGUCUGAUCUUUCCGGCCGGGAUUUGGUAGAAGAGAUACUCUCUAGGGUUCCAAUAACAUCUUUGAGAGCAGUGAGAUUAACUUGUAAACAAUGGAAUGAUUAUUUAUCCAAAGAUCCGAGCUUUACAAAAAACCAUUAUGGUAAAGAAGCCAAGGAGAUUAUGGUAGUGAUCAUGAUAUAUGAUUUCAAGGCUUGUUUAAUGAGCGUCAAUCUCCAUAAUCACAAAGACUUGGCAGAUCCAUCUCUAAAGAAAAUAGGUAAACUUAAUCAAGUCAAAAUAAGUCAACUACUGUUUCAUUGUGAUGGUUUAUUGUUAUUGAUGUUAUGCAACGCUAAGGAUAAGUCUAGGCUCAUGGUUUGGAACCCGUAUUUGGGCCAAACCAGGUGGAUCCGACCUAGAAACAACUUGUGUAUAUUAGACAUGUUUUAUAUGGGAUACGACACAAACAACAACCACAAAAUCUUGAAGUUCUCGUCUUUCCACCGUGAGUAUGAAAUCUACGAUUUUAAGUCUAAUGCAUGGAGGGUUGAUGUCACUACCGACUGUAAUAUAUAUCGUUGGAGUACUGUGUCCUUGAAGGGCAAUGCUUACUGUAUUGCUCAUGAAAAGUUGAAAGUAAAACUAUUUUUACUUUCUUUUGAUUUUACAAGUGAGAGAUUUGGACCGCGUCUUCCUCUUCCAUUUCACUCUUGUCCUGAGGAUGCUGUAAUUCUAUCUACUGUUAGGACAGAGAAGAUUGUAGUGUUAUUUACGAAGUGUGAUACAUAUGAGAUGAAAAUAUGGAUUACAACUAAGAUUGAGCCCAAUAUAGUGUUGUGGAGCAACUUCUUAAAAGUUGAUAUGAGACUAUUGACUGAAAGAUUUUGGUUUCCAUAUUGGAUUUUCUUCGUCGACGAGAAGAAGAAAGUAGCAAUGAUUUGUCAUAUAGACAGCAAAACGUGGAACAACUACAAAUCUCACAUGGUUGGAGAGAAUGGAUACUACAGAGAAGUGAAAUGUAGAAAACCCGAAAGUAUCUACAUAUGUGCUCUUAUGUUCCAAGUUCGGUGCAAAUCCAGUAAAGUUCCAGUAGUUGCAAGAGGCAAAAGAAAAUGAGGAGAUUUUUAGUCUAUUAUUACAUAGUUUGCGAUAAUAACUUUUCAUUCAUUUAUGUUUUUCUUCUUCCUCAAGUGUUCUCAUGUCUUUUUGAACAAGACUGGUCAGUCAGGUUAUGCUGAUGGGAAACUAAACUUUAAUAUAUAUAUGGGUCAAUGAACUUUUUUGGCUUUUCAUGGUUCUUGAACAUAAUCUUGUAUUUGUGAUAUUGAGAAUUACAUUUCUUCUUGAUGGUCAUGUACUUUUUUUAUUAUUAUGUUAAAUUAAUUAAUCAACAAAAGAAAAAAAUUACAAAGAAUUUGUUUAUAGUGGAACCAAUUUAGAAGACAAAGACAAAUGGGAGAGAAGGUUUUGUGCUUCUCCUGCAAAGGCCGACACAGAGAAGUCCGAGAGAAGAUCAAGUUCGUGUGGAGCACCAACGCUGCAUCAAGUCACCUAGCUUGAAGCCUGGAGGAUAAUGAAGCGAAGUGAUGGGAUUGUACAUGAUACGGGAGAGAUGGAGAGCCGAUGUAGAUGCUUUAGCUCAUUCCUUUCUCUCCAAAUAUGAUAAACAAUGGCUUGAAAACAGAGGAGGGUUUAGUCAGUGGUGUUGUACCUUCUACUGUGCAAGGAUCAAUGUGUUUCAUCCCAGUCCGGUGUAGCGCAGGAUCGGAGAAGUGAAUUACAUAUUGCCAUCCGAGUAGUCUUCAUGAUCAUGGUCCAGUGAAGUUUUGAUGGUGCAUUGUGUUGUGUUGACGGAUUAGAGUAUUCUUGCAAAUAUGAGAAGAUUUACGUAUAAUAUGAUUAUAUUUGAAGAAGUUGAUUGAAAUCACAAACCGACCUUAGCUCAGUUGGUAGAGCGGAAGACUGUAGUUGUUCACAACAGAUGAUCUUUAGGUCGCUGGUUCGAUUCCGGCA